AUGAAGUACUUCCCUUAUCCUCCGAUAUUAUUCACGAAUACCAAAACACCUUGGAUGAUGUAAAGAGUACUCUGAACGCUGAAAGGAUUUUUGAAUUCAUUGAUGAAUAUGUCUAUGUUGAGCAGAUUGAAGGGAUUUUUUAGGAAUAUUAAGGGAAAGGUGAAAGAGGUAGAUGAUGAAAAAGAGCCUUCGAAAGGCGUACCUCCGGAAGAUGAAAUUGCCAGCGCUGAGGUUCAGAACAGGCGUAGUAAAGUUGCCGAAUUUCUUGAACCCGUUAACAAAAACUGGGAAUUCAUUGAAGAAGUUCUUUUAUGGAAGAACGCAAUGCCUGCUUGCGUAUGCUUCUUCUUGAUUUCCGGAGUGUUUUGGAAGUUCAUCAAUGCAAAGCUAAGAAAAAUUGUUCUGGCUCUUGGGGCAUUCUUGCUGGCCAAUGGGCUGAGCUCAGACUUAAGAGCAUCUAGCUGGGAAUUCUUUGAAACAAAUUUUCAUUUUCAAACAAGAGGUGAACCUAAAUUGCAGUUCAGCUUUGAUGAAUUGUGCCUUUUUAUUGCAACUGGUUGGGCCAUGUUUGCCCAGGCUCAUGAAUCACUGAGAAACAUGAGCACAACUUGUCCUCCAAAGUUUUACUGCAUCGUGGCUGUUUCUUUGUUCACCAUUUUGGCCCUGUUCACCUACAUCCCUGUUCUUGAGCUCAUUUACGUCUUGGUGUGUCUUCUCUUCUUCUACCCAUCCAUGAAUUAUUAUGGAAUAAUGGACAAAAUCGAGGCUAGAGUCCAACGUCUCACAAACCCUAUAGUCAGGCACUGGGAGAACAACAGGACGAAACGGAGUCGAGUCAUUACACAGCCAGUAGGCAAUCAAGAGCAAACUGAUGACUCAGAGGAUGAAUUCACGUUGGAAAGAAAUCAGUUCACAAAGAAGGUGCUGUCUUCAGCAGUUCCUGAUGCAGCUGCUGAGAGUGAAAGCGAUGAAGAGUUACUCACAAAGCACCUACCUGUUCACGACGGAGAGUAUUUCACAGAAUCUCAAUUUGAAGAGAACUUAGCAAUGCCAUCUAUGUCCAAUUUUGAUAGCAUGAUGGAGCCGUAUGAGGAUUUUCACGCGGGACUAAAAUUCCCAGACUAUGAAGAUUCGUCGACAGUUAAGACCUUCAACGUAUUAGCAGCCGCCGCAAAUAAUUUCGAUACUGAUGACGAAAUCGACGAUUUGCCGUAUGACAACGACAAGAUUGCAUUGCAUAAAGAUGAAGUCUCAGAUCCAGCAAUAAUGACAAUGAGUCGCCCGGUCGGAGAUAACGAAUCGCAACUCAGAAAGAGAAGAGUCGAAAGGGAUUCAAAACAUGGUCCCAUCCCACACGAAACUUACGAUGCAUCCGAUUUCAGCUCGGAAGAAUGCACACGUGCUGUUGAAGCAGAUUUUGAGUUCCUUGAACAUGCUGAUGUAGACGAUCUAAACUUUCAGCCCGAAAAUAACGUUGUAGAGAAUAAAGCGACUGGGAGCUCGUAUACUGACAGUGGUAUUGCAUCUGUUUCUAAAUGGCUCGGCUAUGAAUAAUUUAUAACGAGAGUAAUGAGUGAGAAAAGCAAGUAUUCGAUAUGAUAGGCUUCCGUCCCUUCGUGAGGCAAACCUAACUUCACGCUAGAUUUAGUUCCGGUAAGUCGGGAUGCUAAUGAAGCAGGUGUAGGUUUGUGUUGCAUACGAACGUCUCUUUAACCUGGCAGCUCGUACUUCUCGUAGACAAGAUUUCAGAAACAGCUUGAUUUCAUUUUACCUAGGGAGUAAGACAAGGGGAAACUUUUUACCCUUUGCAUUAAACCAGUGUAUAUUCAUAUAUGCCAAAGCAAGAAUGUCAGUGGCUUUUGUAAAUGACCAACUAGUUUUUUCGGUUUGGUAUGUGGAGGUAUAGACAUACGUCUUUCUCCAACUUUUGAAAUGUGUCCGACCUUCCUUUAGAAUCUCAAAAAAUUAAACAAAUCCCGGUUUAUUUAUAGAAAUGUAUUAAUUGAAAAACUAAUUAAUUUAGUUUAAGGGCAUACUUUUGGUUUUAAAGUAUUUUAACAUCAAAAUACGGAGAAUUCACAUGUUUGAAAAAUGUGAACCUUGACUUGUAAAAGGGGGGUGUUUCCUCAUUUGUAAACGAAAAUCAUCCAAAGACCCCCUUUCCAUCUUUUUUCCAUCACUUGAUCCGCAGCUUUCGAAACAUUGCCCGACCGAAGUGUUUGGGGGCUGGUUCGUGGUUUAACACUUACAUCGCAAAAUGAAUUUUGCAAGUAAAUGUUAUUACACACGGAGCCCCCAGCUUCUUAUCUACCAGCCUCCCCCUGUUUAAUUCUCUUUUCUUUUUUAUUGAUGGAUUCUGAUUAUGGCAUGCUGGUACUUUCGGCUUACUGCGUGUAUAGAUACUAAUGUUAAUAGAUACUUAUCAACGUGUUUAAGCAGUAUUCCUCUAGCUUCGAAAAUAUAUCAAUCGUCAAAGUAUCAAAUUACUGGGACAGAAAGUGUUGGCCUAGAAAUUGCUAGAGUCUUGUACCGUAUAAUUAUCGAUUUUAUUCUGAAUUAUAACUGUACUUAAUGUAA